UUGCUGAUUCGUUGAACGCGGCACGUGUAUAAAUACAACCAGUUCGAAAGUCCGAAACUUCUAAAUGAAUUUCCUAGUUCAAUCUAGUAGUUGAGCGCGAUAGAAGAUACAGUCAACGAUAGUCAAACAGCCAUUGUUGAGUAAUUUUGCACAUGGGGCUCUAGUCUCAUUGAAUAUUUGAAGACUUCUUGUCAAGAGUACAGCUGAUCAAGAACAUUGAUGACCAUCUGCUGAGAGCCUCUGACAGUGGCCUUGUUUAGUGACGUGCUGCUUCCACCCGUCUCCAUCCUUCUACCCCGGUCUCCAUCCUUCUACCCCGGUCUCCAUCCUUCUACCCCGGUCUCCAUCCUUCUACCUCGGUCUCCAGUCCUCCACCGGUCUCCAGUCCUGCACCGGUCUCCAGUCCUGCACCGGUCUCCAGUCCUUGUCUCCACUCCCAUCUUUCUGUCCUCAAUCCCUCCACCCUGGUCUCUGUCUCAACCCUCCACCUUAUUCCUACCCUCCCCGAACCAUCACCAUGGGGGCUGAGAAAGACACAGACACCAUUUUGACUGGCUCCAUGCGUAUGAAGCAGGAAAUCUCCCUGCUCCAUGGGGUCUGCCUCAUUGUGGGAAGCAUGAUCGGCUCAGGCAUCUUCAUCUCCCCCAAAGGGGUGCUCUUCUACACAGGCUCCUUCGGCCUGUCCCUGGUGGUGUGGGCCAUCGGUGGGGUCUUCUCUGUUUUCGGGGCCCUGUGCUACGCCGAGCUGGGAACCACCAUCCGCAAGUCUGGGGCCAGCUAUGCCUACAUCCUGGAGUCCUUUGGUGGCUUCGCGGCUUUCAUUAGGCUGUGGUCGUCCCUGAUGAUCGUGGAGCCAGCAGGCCAGGCUGUCAUAGCCCUCACCUUCUCCAACUACCUGGUGCAGCCCUUCUACCCCACGUGCUCAGCCCCCUACGAUGCUGUGAAACUUAUAGCAGCAGCCAUAAUCAGUCUCCUGACGUGUGUGAACUGUAUGAAGGUGAAGUGGGGGGCCAUUCUCCAGGUGGUCUCUACAGUAGCCAAGGUACUGGCCCUCAUUGUCAUCAUCAUUGCUGGGAUGAUCAAGCUGGGACAAGGCCAGACGCAGAACUUUGAGGAUUUGUUUAAGGGUUCUAAAGUGAACCCUGGGGACAUGGCCCUGGCUCUGUACGCUGCGCUCUACUCCUACUCGGGCUGGGACGCACUCAACUUCAUCACCGAGGAGAUCAAGAACCCGAAGAGGAACCUCCCAUUGGCAAUAGGGAUCUCCAUGCCCAUCGUCACAGUGAUCUACAUUCUGACUAAUAUAGCUUACUACACCGUUAUGGAUGCUGGCACCGUGCUGGCCAGUGAUGCUGUGGCUAUGACUUUUUCUGAUUUGGUCCUGGGCUGGGCUCGGUGGCUGAUCCCCUUGUCAGUGGCCAUCUCCUGUUACGGAGGACUCAACUCCUCCAUCAUUGCUGUCUCCAGGCUGUUCUUCGUGGGCUCCAGGGAGGGCCAUUUACCCAACGUCCUCUGCAUGAUCCACGUCGAGCGCUACACCCCCAUCCCAGCACUGCUCUUCAACGGAGGCAUGUCUCUGAUCUACCUGUGUGUGAAGGACGUGUUCCAGCUCAUCAACUACUUCAGCUUCAACUACUGGCUGUUCAUCGGCCUCUCCAUCGCCAGCCAGAUAUACCUCCGGUUGAAGGCUCCCAACAUGCCCCGGCCCGUCAAGCUCUCUCUGUUCUUCCCUAUAGUGUACUGCCUAUGCAGUGUGUUCCUGGUGGUAGUACCUCUCUACAGUGAUACCAUCAACUCUCUGGUUGGUAUCGGGGUGGCUUUGUCUGGAGCUCCAGUGUACUACAUCUGUAUCCACCUGCCCCCCUCCUCCAGGCCUGCCUUCCUGGGCAGGAUGCUCGAUGCGAUCUCCCUGAACACCCAGAAGCUGUGUCUGUGCUGUGUGGCCUCACGUGACCUAGACCUGGACAACAUCCCUGAGGAGAAGCUGGAGUGAGGGAUGAAAGGAGGUGUGGAGGGAUGGAGGUAGAUAUUGAGCCAAAGGUGGAAACAGGCAGACCACAAUCACAAUUACUCCUUCUGCGCCAAUGAUGAACAUUUGUUUUUAAUUAUUUUUUUUGCCAGGACUUUAUUAUUAAUAAUAAUAUGUGACUUGCUUGUCCUAUGGGAUUGUACAGUGUGUGUGUGUUCAAUGCUGAGGAAAGCUACUUUCUAGUGCCGGUGGACUCUGACAACCACAUGCAUGCAGCACAAUGUAGUUCACUCCUACUGGUUACACCUAUGGAGACGAUCAACCAUGGGAGUUUAACCAUUUAACAACGCAAGAAUUUCAAAUGGAGAUUUGAACAGGCCCUACUGACCAUUUAGGAGGAGUAGGUUUUCAUCAGCAGGACCUACUGAAUAGUGGAGAAUUGAUUUUUUAAAUUUUUUAAUUAAAUGAGUUAUUUGUUUUGAAAGAUGGAAGUGUCAGUCAAAGAUGCCCAUUCUGGCCAUACUUUACCUGCACUAGGCCAGGUGGUGUGUGUGCACAAACUGCCUGUCUGAUUGUUUACUGGUCAUUGAACAUUUCUCCAACUUAGUGGCUGUCAAGUGACUGACUCAUGUACUAUAUGGAAAGUGCCAUGGGUUGAGCCGUUAUGGCAUCAAAGUAAUGUUUAUUGGUGAAGCUGACAGACGGUGAAUUCUUAUUUUAUGUUACCUUUAUUUAACUAGGCAAGUCGAUUAAGAACAAAUUCUUAUUUUCAAUGAUGGCCUGAACAACUCCCUUGUUCAGACCGGGAUAUGUUUCCAAUAAUAUACAGAGGACUGGUCUCAAUGUUUUUAGUUUUUUUUUUGUAUAAAAAAAAUAUACCCAUUAGAUGGCGAUCCUAUUCAUGACAUCUCUGCCAUAGACUUACCAUGGUGUCAUGCAUGUCUUGCUCUCUUUUUUAUACACCUAGAAAUCCUACGACAUGGAUUUGGUAGGGUCCAAUGUCGUAAAUAUGCACAUUCAUGCAAUUUGGAUAAACAUAUGAUGCAGCUUGCAGGAUUAGAGGAAUGCAACAUCUCCUUUAUAAUGCAAUUCAUUGAGAAGCCAGAUCAAAUAUUAAAGCUAUUGGCUGAGACAUAUUUGAUUUCUAUGCACCAUCUAGUGGUAGUUUUAUGAACUUCAGGUUGUUGAGAGCAAGUCAAUGUUGUGGAUCACUGCACUCGGGGCACUUGCAUUCAAAAGUUGUUGUUCUGAAUGCGUUGUCUCUUAUUGGUGUUUGCAUGUAUGUUGUCAUUGGAAAUUUGCUUUAAAGGGGCAAUCAGCAGUUUAAACUAUAACAAUGUGACACAGUGGUGUAAGGCACUGCAUCUCAGUGCUAGAAGUGUCACUACAGACACUCUGGUUCGAAUCCAGACUGUAUCUCAACCGGCCGUGAUUGGGAGUCCCAUAGGGUGGUGCACAAUUAGCCCAGUGCAUUCCGGGUUUGGCCCUGUAGGCUGUCAUUGUAAAUAAGAAUUUGUUCUUAACUGACUUGCCGAGUUAAAAAAAAAAUGGGUACUCCCUGCCCGUUUUGGUAAAAUUCAUAGACUGUGCUAUGGAUGCAAGAACUGACCAUCCAUGAUAUCAAAAUGAUAGACUUAACCAUUUUGAGGCCGUUUGUUUACAUUUACUUUGUUUACAAACAAAUGUAAGGUUUUUCUCAGUUCUGAUGGUGAACGUCAGUUGAACUAAGCUCAUCAGGCAUUUAUAAUUUAUAUUCUUCAAGAAUCAAUGGGUACAUAUCAUUCAUUUAUAGGUCCAAAAAUCGAUGUAGCAACUGCAUAUUGACCCUUUUUAAUAAAUGAUCUCAUUCCAUCUAAA